AUGGAACUUGACGAGGUCACCUUUGAAACUGGUUGGCAAGAGAGGACCUGCGAGGUGAUGGCCUGGUUGAUGACCCUUCCCCCGCCAGGGGGCGCCGCGGACUGUGCCGGCGCGCCGCGGGACAGGACCGGCCCGGCCGAGGGUGGCGGCGGCUCCUCCCUCCUUCCCCUCCCCGCCUCGGCGUGCGCGCCUGCCCUCCAGUUCGCUCAGCCACCGCCGCCGCUCCGGCUCCCGCUCCCGCUCCGCUUAAUUAAACGGUGUGCAUCAAUGAGGAGUCCAGGCAUGGCCGUAUUUAAACAACAGAAGGUAGAGGACGUUUAUGAAAUCGGGGAAGAGCUAGGAAGUGGCCAGUUUGCAAUAGUGAAGAAAUGCCGUGAGAAGACCACGGGGGUGGAAUAUGCUGCCAAGUUCAUCAAGAAGCGCCAGAGCCGUGCUAGCCGCCGUGGAGUGAGACGAGAGGAGAUUGAAAGGGAGGUCAACAUCCUGCAGCAGAUCCUCCACGCCAACAUCAUCAAGCUGCAUGAUGUUUAUGAGAACAAAACAGAUGUGGUCCUUAUCCUUGAGCUAGUAUCUGGAGGUGAACUUUUUGAUUUCCUGGCCCAGAAAGAGUCGUUGAGUGAAGAGGAAGCCACACAGUUCAUUAAGCAGAUCCUGGAUGGGGUCAACUAUUUGCAUGACAAGAAAAUUGCCCAUUUUGAUUUAAAGCCUGAGAAUAUUAUGCUGCUAGAAAAGAAUAUCCCCAUCCCACAUAUUAAACUGAUUGACUUUGGUCUGGCGCAUGAAAUAGAAGACGGUGUUGAGUUUAAAAAUAUUUUUGGGACACCAGAAUUUGUAGCACCAGAAAUAGUGAACUACGAACCUCUUGGGCUGGCUGCAGAUAUGUGGAGUAUAGGAGUUAUCACUUACAUACUGCUCAGUGGGGCUUCACCAUUCCUCGGGGAGAGCAAGCAAGAGACCCUGGCCAACAUCACGGCUGUGAACUAUGAAUUCGACGAGGAGUUUUUCAGCCACACCAGCGACCUGGCUAAAGAUUUCAUUCGGAAGCUUCUGGUAAAAGAUACGCGGAAACGGCUCACAAUCCAAGAAGCUCUCACUCACCCCUGGAUUACGACUCACCAGCCCAAAGAAGAAGCAAAAGUCCAGGAAAGCAAAAGGCCUGAGAAUAGGCAGCUGAAGACCAAACGCCUGAAGGAGUAUACCAUCAAGUGCCACUCCAGCAUGCCCCCAAACAACACGUACAUCAACUUUGAGCGCUUUGCCCACGUGGUGGAAGAUCUCUCUGGGAUGGAACAGAGCUUUGGUGCUCUGGCUGCAUCCCAUGAUUCUUUGCAGGAGGACAUUGACACUCUUGUGUCCAUCUACAAUGAGAAAGAAGCUUGGUACAAAGAAGAACACGAAAAUGUGAGGCAUGAACUUUCCCAGCUGAAGUAUGAGUAUCGUAAGAUUGAAUCUCUGAAGAAGCACUUGCAGGACGACAUCCGGGUUGUGGGGACCAGCCUUACCGGCACCACUGGGAAGUACAUGGAACUGCAGUCGCGUUAUGAGUCUUUGAGUAAGGAGCUGUCGGAAGAACUCAAGUGGAUUCAGGAACUUACAGGCAGCUUUCAGCUGGAAGGUGGAAGUGAAACCUGCAUCACUGGAAAUUUUGGCUCUGUCUUCAAAAAAGACAUCAACAAUUCUCUUAUGGAGUUGCUAAAUAGAUCGUGCUGUGAAGAAUUCCUAGCUGCCUUGAACCUGGGUGUUGCAAAAUCAAGUCAGUAACGCUGCCUAAACUGAUACUGCCUUUUUUGGUGUGAAACAGUAAGAAAUUUACCUUGAUAUGACUUUGCUGCCACCUCAAGGUUCCUACAGGCUAAUGGCUAAGCCCACUUUGCUUUACCUCUGGAAAGCCUGAUAGUCACUGUUGCAGUUGGCUUUUUGAACUCCAUGAAAAUAUAUCCCACCACACAGGGCAUAUGAGAUCCUGCCAUUGUUUUAUAUUUAAUGCAACAAAGCCCUGUUGAAUUGCAGGUUGUGAAUGUUGCCAAUUAGAAAUUAAUCAAAAUUCCUUUGUAACACCCUAUUCUCUAUAUAAAGUAUAUCUUGCAUUUAAAAAUGAAAGUCUAUGCUGUCAUUGUACUUUGGAAGAUGGAAUUAACUUACUGUUACCAUGGGAUACCUCCUAAAUACUUGCCUGUAGACAGUUAAGCAUACUUACGCCCUUUUUUUGCGUUUUAUCAAUGUCCUUUAUAAAACAGUCGAGUAAGGUUAAUAAUAUAUUGAUUUUUUUUAUUUUGAAACUUCAUAUAAACAGCACUUUUCCUAAUGAUGGAUUCAGAUGUACAAGGUUUUGCAAUCCUGAGCAUGGCCUGAUUAAAACAGGAGAAGGCAUUUUGGUUGAAUGUGUUGCAGGAUGACUGGAGAGCUCUGAAAAUAAGCCUGCCAAGGUCAGCGUCUUGACAGGGAUGUCAGGGUCACCUUGACAGGGUCUCGACAGAGAGAUGUGACAUUGCAUUCCACCCCAAAGAAAGAACCAAAUGACUGAAGACUCCUGUUGUGGAACCUGAUGAUUUCUUUUUGUUACUGCUGUUUUGACACAGAUCAUUAGAAAGAGAAAGUGUGUGUGUGUGUACAGGAGGGAGUUAACAUUCAAGUAUGCAUGUUUUUGUUCCUGUUUUUGAAGAGUAUUGCACAGGCAGCAUGAAUUUUCCCAAAUAUGUAACUGAUUUCACACUUAUAGAGCCAAUAAACAUUGUUUAGUACAGUG